CCCGGCUCCUAUUUCUACCACUCUCACACAUUGCUCUUCUACCAACGGUGGGAAGGGAUUUUAGGUUAUUCUUUGCCCCUUUCGUCACAUUACACAGUGAUAACCUAAUUCUUUUUAGGGUUUUUCUUUUUUUCGUUCUUCAUUCUUUCUGUGCUUCGAUCUACAGUGUGAGGGAAAAUGAGUAAGGGAGAGGGGCCUGCUGUGGGAAUCGAUCUUGGAACCACGUACUCGUGCGUGGGGGUGUGGCAACAUGAUAGAGUGGAGAUCAUUGCGAACGAUCAAGGGAAUCGAACCACGCCCUCUUAUGUGGCGUUUACCGAUUCCGAGCGCCUCAUCGGAGAUGCUGCCAAGAAUCAAGUCGCGAUGAAUCCGACCAACACCGUUUUCGAUGCAAAGCGGCUUAUUGGAAGGAGAAUUUCGGACCCAACAGUGCAGAGCGACAUGAAACUAUGGCCUUUUAAGGUUGUUUCGGGACCUGGAGAAAAGCCAAUGAUUGUUGUUAACUAUAAAGGGGAAGAGAAGCAAUUUGCUGCAGAAGAGAUCUCAUCUAUGGUUCUCAUCAAGAUGAAAGAGAUUGCCGAGGCAUACCUUGGAAAUGUAGUUAAGAAUGCAGUUGUCACAGUUCCUGCUUAUUUUAAUGACUCUCAGAGGCAGGCGACAAAGGAUGCUGGUGUCAUUGCUGGUUUGAACGUAAUGAGAAUCAUCAACGAGCCAACUGCUGCUGCCAUUGCCUAUGGUCUAGACAAGAAGGCCACCUCUGUUGGUGAGAAGAAUGUUUUGAUUUUUGAUCUUGGUGGAGGAACAUUUGAUGUGUCUCUUUUGACUAUUGAAGAGGGUAUUUUCGAAGUCAAAGCGACUGCUGGAGAUACUCAUUUGGGAGGUGAGGACUUCGAUAACCGAUUGGUGAAUCAUUUUACGCAAGAAUUUAAGAGGAAAUACAAGAAGGAUAUCGGUGGUAAUCCUAGAGCCCUCAGGAGGUUGAGAACAGCAUGUGAAAGAGCGAAGAGGACACUGUCUUCAACUGCUCAGACCACUAUUGAGAUUGAUUCCUUGUAUGAAGGCAUUGACUUCUACUCUACAAUCACAAGGGCUAGGUUUGAGGAGCUCAAUAUGGACCUCUUCAGGAAAUGUAUGGAGCCUGUUGAGAAGUGUUUGAGGGAUGCCAAGAUGGACAAGAGCACUGUUCAUGAUGUUGUUCUUGUUGGAGGUUCCACUCGAAUCCCAAAAGUACAGCAAUUGUUACAGGAUUUCUUCAAUGGCAAGGAGCUAUGCAAGAGCAUCAACCCUGAUGAAGCCGUUGCUUAUGGUGCUGCAGUCCAGGCUGCAAUUUUAAGUGGAGAAGGAAAUGAAAAAGUACAAGAUUUGCUGUUGCUUGAUGUUACUCCACUGUCCCAAGGAUUGGAGACAGCUGGAGGGGUUAUGACUGUUUUGAUUCCUCGAAACACAACUAUCCCCACCAAGAAAGAGCAGGUCUUCUCUACGUACUCUGAUAAUCAGCCUGGUGUGUUGAUUCAAGUCUUUGAAGGUGAGAGGGCAAGGACUAAGGACAACAACCUGUUGGGCAAAUUUGAACUCUCUGGCAUUCCUCCCGCCCCAAGGGGUGUCCCUCAGAUUACCGUCUGCUUUGAUAUUGAUGCCAACGGUAUCCUUAAUGUCUCUGCCGAGGAUAAGACAACAGGCCAGAAGAACAAAAUUACCAUCACAAAUGACAAGGGAAGAUUGAGCAAAGAUGAAAUUGAAAAGAUGGUUCAGGAAGCUGAGAAAUACAAGGCUGAGGAUGAAGAAUUGAAGAAAAAGGUGGAGUCUAAAAACUCACUUGAAAAUUAUGCAUACAACAUGAGGAACACAAUCAGAGAUGACAAGAUUGCAGGGAAAUUGGAUCCAGCUGACAAGAAAAAGAUUGAGGAUGCGGUGGAUGAGGCCAUAAGCUGGCUGGAUGGAAACCAGUUGGCAGAGAAAGAAGAGUUUGAAGACAAGCUGAAAGAGCUGGAGUCCGUCUGCAAUCCAAUCAUUGCUAAAAUGUACCAGGGUGGUGAAGGUAUGGGUGGAUUUUCUGGAGAUGAUGAUAUGGGUGGUGCUUCUGCAUCAGCUGGAAGUGGUGCAGGUGGUCCUGGCCCCAAGAUCGAGGAAGUUGACUAAGCAUGCAUUUUUUUAAUUUGUCAUUUUGCCCUGUUACAGGGAUUUAGUAAUCUUGCUAUUCAAAAACCUUGAAAUCCGUUUCAGUUUUUUGUUAUUUUUAAUAUAAGUUUUAUAACUCAUUUACGGCUCAAUGCUGUCCUGGAGAUUUUCUGGUACUCUGCAUGUUUGGCAAUGAACUUGUUAAAGGGAUAUAGCAAGUUCUGCCGAGGCAGUAAUGUUUCAAUCCAUUUUGUUUCAUAUUUUUAAUACAGUUUAAUACUUUCAGCAUAA